GAAAAUAUAAAGGGUGAAUCGUCGGCAGGCGGCGACAGUGCCGCGCUGCGACGGAACUGGCCUGCAGUCGAGCACGUGUGUCCGUUGAACGAACGCAAACGGGACGCGACGAGACGCGACGUGAUCACACAGAUAGAGCCGGUGUUCCUGUUCGUGCGCGUAUGUUUGUCUCCCCUCUUCUCUUUGUCGCUUUCGCACGUGCAUCAGACGUAUGUGCUACCUCCCGGUAUGCUCGCACCGCUUACUACUUUUUUCGACUAGUAAUGAUCAACGCUCAACUACUCAGCGAGCAUUAGCAAAUCUUUGGAAAGACAAGACGUACGAUGCCGGACAAAGUCGCGCCAAAAGAGAAACAGAUCCUGACUACUGUGAAAACCACUGUCAGCGACGAUAGCCAUGCGGUGAAAUUGAAGAAGGAACUCGGUUUGCUAGACGGUGUGGCGAUCAUCGUCGGCAUCAUCGUCGGCGCCGGGAUCUUCGUCUCGCCGAAAGGUGUGCUGGAGAACAGCGGCAGCGUUGGCCAGGCGUUGAUCGUGUGGAUCUUUUCCGGCGUUUUGUCACUGAUCGGCGCGCUAUGCUACGCGGAACUCGGUACCAUGAUCCCAAAGUCUGGAGGCGACUAUGCUUACAUUAACGAUGCUUUUGGACCGCUACCGGCAUUUCUAUACCUCUAUGUGGCAUUGUUCAUCCUGGUGCCAACUGGAAACGCGAUCACAGCCCUAACGUUCGCACAAUACAUCUUGCAACCAGUUUGGCAUGGUUGUGUUCCUCCGUACGCAGCGGUGAGACUGCUUGCCGCUGUUAUUACAUGUUUACUGACGGCGAUUAAUUGCUAUAAUGUGAAAUGGGCGACCAGGGUGCAGGACAUCUUCACCGGAACGAAGAUUUUCGCGCUGGUGAUCAUCAUGGUCGCUGGAUUUUGGUGGCUCUGCUUGGGUCAUACGGAAAACUUUCGCCAUCCCAUGGAUGGAACCAAUACUCAACCCGGCUACGUUGCUUUAGCCAUUUAUUCAGGCCUCUUCUCUUAUUCCGGAUGGAAUUAUCUGAAUUACGUGACCGAAGAGUUAAAGGAUCCUUACAAAAAUCUUCCAAGAGCGAUUUGUAUAUCAUUGCCGUUAGUGACUGUGAUUUAUGUCUUGGCAAAUAUUGCUUAUUUCGUGGUGUUAACGCAGGACGAGAUUCUCGCAUCGAAUGCUGUCGCUGUUACUUUCAGCGACAAGCUUCUGGGUGUAAUGUCUUGGAUAAUGCCAUUAUUCGUGGCUUGUUCAACCUUUGGGGCGUUAAACGGAGCAAUUUUCGCAUCGUCGCGAUUAUUUUUCGUAGGAGCUCGAAAUGGACAUUUGCCAGCUGCCAUUGCCCUCAUCAAUGUACGAAAUUUAACACCUAUGCCUUCACUCAUCUUCCUGUGCAUUAUCACCCUGGCACUUUUGAUCAUAGAGGAUGUCUAUGUGCUAAUCUAUUAUGUUAGCUUCGUUGAAGCACUAUUCACCACGCUCUCGGUGUCUGGCCUCCUCUGGCUUCGUUACAAAAGUCCCGAUCGCGAACGACCGAUAAAGGUAUCCAUCGUACUACCAAUUAUUUUUUUCAUAAUUUGUGCUUUCCUCGUGAUAUUUCCAUGCUACGUCUCUCCAUGGGAGGUAGGAGUAGGAGUAAUAAUCAUUUUAUCUGGAAUUCCUAUGUAUUGCGUCUUCAUUUAUUGGAAGAAGAAGCCUAAAUGGCUUAUAAGAUCAUCUCAUAACUUCAAUAUGAUUUGCGCUAAAUUAUUUAUGUGCGUGCAAGAAGAGAGAAGUGAUUGAUCCGCAAAUGCCGUUCUAAUACAGUGUAUAGUUUCGUAUAGAAAUUUGUAUAGUAUGAAUGUGCUCCAUUGAUCUAUCCGUUCAUUUAUAAAGUUUACUAAUGACAACUUGCAAUGACAAUGCAAAAGAAGAUACAUAGUUAUUUAACUCUAAAUGAAAGUAGACGCAACAUUCCAAUAAAAUUUAUAUUGUUUCUUAUAGAAUUUGUAAAUGAACGAAUCAGUCAUACUUGCUUUACAUUUUUAUAUAUAAAUUUUAUAUAUAUAUAGAUAAUAUACCUUCAUUGCCUAUGUCAAUUGAAACAAUCAUCGAUUAUGCAAUAAUAGUUUCUAAUAAUCUAUAUUUAUAACAAUCGCAUAACAUAAUUGCAAGAUAUUAUUCACAUUCAAUUAUAAGAGAAUUGCUUCUCCUUUCACUUUUAAUUUUAUAUUAAAUUACUCAUUUAUACAAAUUGUUUCAAAGUUGUAAGUAUAACAAAGUAAGUAUACAGAAGAAGAGACUAUGUUAGAAAAUCAAUUGCUCAUUUAUUAUAGGAUUUGUAAGUACACAUUAUUCAGAGCGAAUCUGAAAUAUAAAUCUUAAAUAUGAGGGAAAACAAAAUAGCAAAGGGAUAUAAAGAAAAGUAAUUCCAUUUACAUUAUUUAAAUGUAUGUAAUAUUGUUUACAUAAUGUCUCGAGUUAUAUUACUUUUACUCUCUUUAAUUUAGGUAUACAGGUACUGUACUUUCUAAACGUAACUAAAUUGUAAAUUUAAAUGAAUUAACAGUCUCUAUACAAGAGUAAAUAACAAAAUCAUAAAGACUACAAUAUAAUCGUUCACUCAACUUCACUCAUUUAAAAAAUUGAAAGACUUCAUUUUUGAUUGUCUCUUAAAAUCUUUGCUUUUAAAUGAAUCCAACUUUUAACCACUUUGUAUACCGAAUUACGCAGUUAUUCAUUACGUCUUAUAAAUAAGGCGCUUUUAUAAAAUUGUAAGACUGCAAGGUAUUUGCCUCGCGAAAAUACGCGAUUCGUUUUAUGCAUUGGCUACGAUUAAUUGACAAUGCAUGAAACAUUCAUCAACGCACAAAGAACUAUCUAAAUCGUGCUUAUUUUAGAAUUCUUUUAAAGAUCUUCCGUCUUCAAAAUAUUGCAUCUAAUUACAAUAAUUAAAAAGUAAUAUACACGCAUAAUAAUUGUAAUAUAAGUAAUACAACCGUAUAUAUUUAAAUUAUUUAAUUGUACAUACCAAACGAAGCAUUAUAAAUUAUUUAUUAUCACUCGAUCAGUUGUUGAAUAGGUAAACGCCCAACGUUGGUUCAUAAACCAGUGACAGUAAUUUUUAUAUAUCCCUUUUACCUAUCAUAUUAUGAUUUUAUUUAUUAAUGAAUUAUUUAUAGAAUAUCGAGAAAGAGAAUAUAAUAAUUAUGCUAUAACUAAUCGUGAUGAAAAUUAUAUUUGAUAAUUUACGAUUGUAUUUCUGUUACUGUAUAACAUGUCUGGUCAAGUUAUGCAUUUAAAAAGUAGAAAAGUUGAACGAUAUCUUGCAUUAUAUUAGAAAUAUACCGGUAUUAAAUAAUAUAUUUUAUAUGAUAUGUAAUAAGAUAUUUUACACAACGAGAUAAUAUUUUAUACUGCUUACUAUUUUAUCAGAUAUUUGUAGCUUUUUUUUAGAUCUCGUCUCGAUUUCAACACUAAUGCAUAAUAAAUUUAAUUUAGACAAUAAGUAGGUUUUAAGAAGCACAAAAAUAAUUUGUAAAGCAAUAGUCAUUUUGAAACAUGCGAAACUAAUUAUUGUACAAUAUUAUAGUAAUUGUAUUGAAAAAGAUAACGACUGAUCACGUGCCUUAUGUAUAACACAUGUAAAAAGGAAUUUCGUUAAGGUUUCUGAUAUAUCUAAAUUUGUAUCCAAAACAUUUUAUUAAACAUAAAAAUGUAUUUGUUAAUAGUA